AUGGUGCUGCAGGGCGGCCCGGGAGGGGCUGGGCGGCGGCUGCUGCUGCCCCGGAGCCUGGCUGCCCUGCUCCUGCUCCUGCUCCUGGCUCUGGGGCACACCUGGACCUACCGGGAGGAGCCCGAGGAGCGCGACAGGGAGGUUUGUUCCGAGAACAGGAUCGCCACCAGCCGGUACCCGUGCCUGAAGCCCAGCGGCGAGCUGGCCACCUGCUUCAGGAAAAAAUGCUGUAAGGGUUAUAAAUUUGUUCUUGGACAAUGCAUCCCCGAAGACUACGAUGUGUGUGCAGAAGCUCCGUGUGAACAGCAAUGCACAGAUAACUUUGGACGUGUCCUUUGUACAUGUUAUCCUGGAUACCGGUAUGACCGGGAGAGACACAGGAACAGAGAGAAACCCUACUGCCUAGAUAUCGAUGAGUGCACCACAAGCAAUGAGACUCUCUGCUCUCAAAUCUGUGUCAACACCAUAGGCAGUUACAGAUGUGAAUGUCAUGAAGGCUAUAUCCAGGAAGAUGAUGGGAGGACUUGCACCAAAGGAGACAAAGCCGGGCUUUCUGAGAAGGCUGACAACGUGGUGAAAGCAGGAACCUGUUGUGCCUCUUGUAAGGAAUUUCACCAGAUAAAGCAGACGGUUUUACAACUAAAGCAGAAGGUUGCUUUGCUACCAAACAACGCUGCUGACCUUAGCAAACAAAUCACUGGUGAAAAGGUGCUUGCAUCUAAUGCCUAUAUACCAGGUCCCCCUGGGCAACCAGGACACCAAGGCCCUCCAGGGGCCCCAGGACCAAAAGGAAGUCCAGGAUUUCCUGGAUCACCGGGACCUCCAGGCCAACCAGGUCCUAGAGGAUCAAUGGGACCCAUUGGACCAUCGCCUGACCUAUCGCAUAUUAAGCAGGGCAGACGGGGCCCGGUGGGUCCACCAGGGGCACCAGGGAGAGAUGGUACCAAGGGGGAGAGAGGAGCACCAGGACCAAAAGGGCCACCUGGCCCACCAGGCUCGUUCGAUUUUCUGUUGCUGAUGAUGGCAGACAUCAGAAAUGACAUUGCUGAGCUUCAGGAGCGAGUAUUUGGACACAGGACUCACUCAUCAGCAGAGGAGUUUCCAUUACCUCAGGAAUUUACAAACUAUCAUGACACAGUAGACUUUGGAUCUGGAGAGGACUAUAAGCAAAGAAUUGCACCCAAAGACUCUAGGAUGCACAAAACAGCCCAUCAUUAGCUAGGUUUGGUUAUAUAUAGCAAGGAGAGAUGUUCAGAGUUGUAUGGUAUAAAAAUGCACUGAUGAUGUAAAAUAUAUGUAUAAUUUUCCAGUUUUCUCUUUUCUUGUCCCCAUGUCCUCUAGCUUUCUCUAUUUACAGAGACAUCUACUAGUGGUGGUUACAUACAUUCCAGCCUAUGUCAGUUUUUGUGCUUUGUGUAUGUAGAUAUUAUUGUAAUGGAGAUUAGUUGGCUAAGCAUUAGUCCGAAGUGUCAUACAAUGAGCUCUAAGGUAAACCUGGGAGAUGCGUGUGUCCUAAAAUUACUCCUGCUUGUC